AUGGCCGACGUCGGGGAGGUAGGCACUCCGGCGAGGUGGCGACAGAAUUGGGGUGUAGGUGCUCGUGGGGUUUGCUGGUGCUGCUCGACUUGGUCGACGAUGGUGCACGGGAGAAGAAGUGCUCCGGCGGGGCUGCUUGCUGACGACGGCCGGAGACAGAGGCGGGGCCCUCGGACUCAAGCAGUGGCGGGGCGCAUCGGCCAGCUCGGAGGCGGAGAGGUGGGAGUCGGGAAGGAGGCGGCGAAGUGGAGGCGGCGAUCUUGUGACGCGGUGCAGAAGAGAGAGGCGCGAGGAAGGAGGGGUCGGCGUGGGGUCCGGGCAGCAGAGGGAGGAGGUGGUGACGCUAGGUGGAACGAGGGGAAGGGGAUAUCGAGGAGAUGGCUGCUCUGGCGGCACGAGGUGGAGGAGAGGGAGAGGGAUCGAGAGAAGAGGUCGGCCUAG